ACAAAUUUUAUAUUAUUUUUUUAGUUCCUAAAUUGGUUUAUUUGAACUAACCUUGGUUUGAUUGCAAAGUCUACAAACACAUUGAAUUUCAUACUAGCAAUAACCAUUUAACUUUGAGAUUGAACCAUAUUAUCCUCAUGUGAAACACACCACAGAUGAUGAAUGUCUCCAUGGUUUGAUUUGAAUUGAUUAGAUAAUGUAUUUUAGAGUUUCCUUGUUCUUUUUCUUCGGUCUUUUCAGCUAUCAAUGAAAAUGCAGUAAUUAGUUCUCUAUAUGUAUAUAUAUACUUUACUUUUUUUGUUCUGCUCUAAUAAUAAAAGAGGUGAAACAUGAAUUUUAGGCACAUUAUUUUUAAGUUUUAUCAGCAAAACAUUGACUGAAAUUUUUAGCAGAGGCAUGCAAUUACAUCUGCAUUACCAAAAAUGAUGUAAUUGCAUUGCUCUUCUAAAAAUUUAUCAAGUCAAUGGAGUGCACACUAAUGAAACAUCAACAUCAGAAAAAGACACAUUCAUUUUUCUGUAUAUAAACAAUAGAUUGGUUCCAAUGUGUUUGAACAUCUCAAGAAAAGAACAACAAUGGCAGAAAAUAAGAGCAAAAUAUUGAUCAUCGGAGGAACAGGUCACAUGGGAAAAUUCAUAGUGCAAGCAAGUGCCAACUCCGGCCACCCUACCUUCAUCCUUCUCUGGCCAACCACAGUCUCCGAUCCGGUGAAAAUGAACCUCAUUAAUGACUUCAAGAGCUCUGGUGUUACAAGUCUCUAUAUAGAUAUACAUGAUCAUGAGAGUUUAGUGAAGGCCAUCAAACAAGUUGAUGUAGUGAUAUCAGCUUUGGGAUCUCACCAAGUGAAUGAUCAGACUAAGAUCAUAGACGCCAUUAAAGAAGCCAGAAACAUCAAGAGGUUCUUCCCCUCUGAAUUUGGGAUUGAUGUUGAUCGAUCUCACAGCGUUGAUCCCGCUAAAUCACUCUUUAGCAUCAUUUCUCAACAAAGAAGAACAAUUGAAGCAUCAGGCAUUCCUUACACCAUUGUGGUCUCUAUCUUGUUUGCAAGCUACUUCCUUCCUACACUGGCUCAAGCUGAAGCCACAGGUCCUCCCACUGAUAAAGUGUUCAUACUUGGUGAUGGCACCCCUAGAGCAAUCUUUGUGAAAGAGGAGGAUAUUGCAACAUACACCAUUAGAGCUGUGGAUGAUCCAAGAACAGUGAACAUGGUUCUUUACUUGAAACCUCCUGCCAAUUUUUACUCUCAAAAUGAACUUGUUGCACUGUGGGAGAAGAAGACUGGCAAAACCUUGGAGAAAAUCUAUGUCCCUGAGGAUCAAAUUUUCAAGAGAAUUCAAGAGACUGAAUAUCCAGUGAAUCUGCUACUUGCAAUAAACCAUUCAGUGUUUGUGAAUGGUGAUUGUACAAACUUUGAGAUUGAACCAAGAUUUGGAGUUGAAGCUUCAAAACUUUAUUUUGAUGUGAAGUACACCACUGUUGAUGAGUAUCUCAAUGGUCUGUCUCAUUUGAAUUAAUCUUGAUGUAUUGAUGAUUUAAGUAUCUUAUAUUAUAUACAAUUGUCUAAAUGAAUAAUGAGUUUG